UAUCAGCAAAUUUCCUUCAGUGGAAAUACUGACAAUUACGCAGUUCCUACCUCUUUGUGGUCUGAUAGUUUCCCUGAGGCAUAUCAGUUCUAGUUUAGUUUGGCAGCAAGAAGUUACGAUGGUGUUUUUGUAUUACUUCAGCGCAGCUGUGGCCGCAGGUCGUCAUGUACCACACCAAUCUUCAGCCCUAUAAAAGAUGCUGCAACUCUGCUGAAAGCUAGAUGAGCUUAGGGUUGUUUGCACCAUCUCGAACCUUAUUUUAGUGGCUCUCUCUAGACCGGGAAAAUGUUGGCUGCUGUUACGCUCUUCAUGUUUGUGUGCUUUACGGCCACUACCAAUGCAGACCACCAUCAUCAUCCUUGUCAUACACCCAACAUUACAGGAUUGAUGGCUGUGAUGAGUUUAAAGGGUGAAGUGAAAGCGUGCGGUGCCUUCACUUAUGACUCAACUGGCAAGAAGCUGCGGUUCAGGUCAAACGAGAGCCACCCUGUGAACUCAUCCAUAGGUUUGGAUAUACUGAUGUUUUUUGAUGAGGGGAUAUUCUACGAGAUUGACAGCAAAAACCAGAGCUGUGAGAAAAAGAAACUGCACUGCACAAUGCAUCCUCUGGAUAUUCCCGAUGAUGCCAAGUUCUAUGCUUCUAUGACCACCGGGAGUGCUUCCAUUGAAGGGGAGGGACUCAAAGUCAACGUAUGGACAGGAGGAUUCACAGACUCCAAAGACCACUACUCCAUGUCUGUAACCAUGGGCUGUUUGCCUGUUAGCACCCUCUACUUCUUUGAGGCCACACCAUUCCUGUUCAGCAUCAUGGAGGUAGAAAUGGAGAUCAAGGAUCCAGAUCUCCUGGUGGUGCCUUCCUACUGCCAUGGACAGCCCCUGGAGGAGACGCCUGAAGGGACAAUAAACAGUUUCCUCCACGAGUUCAUCUAGAGGAAACCCUUCCUGCAGAAAACCAAACCACCUUCAACGUGUGGCCCGCCAGAACUUUUAGACUUUUCUCUCCUUUGCACGUGUGACUCGAAUUUUCGUGUGACACUGCACUACAUCACACCCAUUCCCAUCACUCCCCUGUAAAGAAAUGGCUUUGAAUGGAUCAUACUGUAGCAUCUACGUACAUUUUGAGAUAAAGAAAAGAGAUAUGACAUGGAUUAUAGAAUUAGUCAUAAUUACUAACAGUUGGUGGCUUUUCAAUUUGGUACUGCUUACAAAACCUGUAAGAUAUUAUUAAUGGAACAAUAAAAUGUCAAAGCUGUGAAAGGUGUGUAGAGUUCUUCAGCAUGUAUGAUUUAUGUGUGAACUGGUUCAUCUAGGAUUUAUAAAACUUUAGACAUUGAUAUUUAGCAGAAAGAAAAAGUAAACCUUGACAGAACAACCCACUAAAGAGGGUCUGGAAAAUCCUACUUUAGCCCCAGUUAGAUCCAGGAGGAACUAGUUUUUUUUUGUCAUUUUUCAGCACUGAAUCACAUCAAUGAAAUCUUAUUGAAAUAAAUCUUAUUAAGUG